CCUUGUGCCAUUGAGUGAUAUGAGAUAGCUAAGGGGUUCACUUGAAAACACUGCUUUAGCUAGAGAGAGAGAGUUGAAGAGAGUUGCAGAAAUGGCCUUUCACCAGUCAUGGGCUUUUGCAUUUGGCCUUCUAGGCAACAUCAUCUCGUUUAUGGUCUACCUUGCUCCACUGCCAACAUUCUAUCAGAUAUAUAAGAAGAAAUCUACAGAAGGUUUUCAGUCACUUCCUUAUGUGAUUGCACUCUUCAGUUCAAUGCUGUGGAUCUACUAUGCGAUGCUUAAGAAGGAUGCAAAUCUUCUUAUCACCAUAAACUCGGUUGGCUGCGUAAUUGAGUCCAUCUACAUUGUUCUCUUCUUAUUUUAUGCAACCAAGAAGGCCAGGAUCCUGACUGUGAAGCUUGUUCUACUGUUGAAUAUUUUUGGGUUCGGCCUUAUGCUUCUCCUCACUCUCUACCUAGCAAAAGGCACAAAACGUGUCCAGAUUCUUGGAUGGAUUUGUUUGGUAUUUAACCUUAGUGUGUUUGCUGCCCCUCUAUGUAUCUUGAGACAAGUCAUAAGAACGAAAAGCGUCGAGUACAUGCCAUUUCCUCUGUCUUUCUUCCUAACCUUGGGCGCAGUGACGUGGUUCUUUUAUGGCCUUUUUCUCAAGGACUAUUAUAUUGCUCUUCCAAAUACAGUGGGGUUUCUCUUUGGCAUUGUUCAGAUGCUGCUCUAUAUAGUAUACAUGAACGCCAAGAAGGUUCUGGAGGAGCCGAAGCUACAUGUACCUGAGCACAUCAUUGAUGCAGUCAAGCUUACCACACAGCUUGUGUGUCCGGAACUAACUUCUGUGCUUCCACUUUCAAAUGGGAACGGAAAUGACGCAGUUGGAAAUCAAAUUGACAAGGAAAAGGCACAAGAAUCCAAGACAGCCAUCGAUGAUCAUUAGUACUCGGCUAAAGCUUAAUUAACCAUUGAUCAAGAUCGAGGACGUACGUGGUGGUUUUUAAUUUGUUUGUGUUUAUGUGAAGUUCGGUUUGCAUGUUACUGUACUACUCAAGGGGUUAAUUAGUCAUUUAGUCUGCCUCUCUCUUAAUUAGCAUGUCCCAGGUCUCUCAAGAUCCUAGUGCUUCUCUCUCUCUCUCUCUCUCUCCAGCUAUCUCCAUGUAAUUGAAGUGUCCCCAUCAUAUUAUUGCAAAAAGCUUUCUUAUUUUUCA